AUGGAUCCCCAAGUCAAAGUCGGAGUCGGGGUCUUCGUCCUCAACCCCGAUGGCAAAUUCGUCAUUGGCAAGCGACAAGGAAGUGUCGGUGCUGGCACAUGGGCUCUACCAGGCGGCCAUCUCGAAUUCGGUGAAUCCUUCGAGACCUGCGCCGAGCGUGAAGUCCUCGAGGAAACCGGGCAGAAAAUCUCGAAUGUGCGGUUUCUGACAGCCGUGAAUUCACUUCUGGGAGAAGAAAAUAAACAUUAUGUUACUAUUUUCAUGGGAGCCCAUGUUUCAGAGAAUCAGGAACCGGAGAAUAUGGAGCCGGAAAAGUGUGAGGCUUGGGAAUGGAUUUCGUGGGAUGAGAUGAAGGAUGGUUUGGGCGAGGGGCGGAACUUGUUUAUGCCUCUCUCAGAAUUGUUUAAACAGCGUCCGGAGUUCCGGUUGUGA